AAUCAAGUUUACCGGAAGAGUGCGUUGUGUCUUUGCGUGUGUUUGGGUCGUGGCUUGUUAUUAGAAGUCUGAAAAUAUCAUCUAUUCUGUAUUGUAAUAAGCUGUCCUCGUGUUGCCCGCAGUUUUGUUUAUUUUUGUAUAUUUUUUUCGCUUUUUACUCGGCACUGAUUUUCGUGUUUUUAAUUUAUUCUCGCGUAUUAAAUAAUUGUUUUACAUGCACGUGUACGCGAAACAUACUCGCGAUAAGAAUUUUCUUGUCGUUGUAUGAUUUUUGUUCGAUUGUUUUUCUUCUGUGUGGAUCUAUUAAUUAAUAAUUAAUAAUAAAUCGUAACGUAAUAUACGUAGAAAAAAUAAAGAAGUUAUUAGUGACCGAAUUGUUGGUAAAGUUCGAUUGGAAUUUUUUCGCCGGAUUGUUUUCGAAUGUCUCUGCGUACGAUAGAGAGUUCGAUAUUAAUUAGUUCUUUAUUUUCGAUGGUAUAUUUUUUUCCAUCUUAUUUGUCCGCGAAUUGCCGAAAGGCUUCGAGAGACUCCUGAUGAUCGCGAGUCGUCAUUAUAAUAGAGACAUUUCAAUUAAUCGAGAGCCACAGCAGCAGCCGGGCCACCAACACGAUGAAAAUGGCGUCUAAAAUUCUUUAAUUGUUAAUAUCGUAUCUAGUAUACGAGAAUCGUAUUGUGGAAAAUUUUUUUGUUAUUUUCUAGUUCGGUGUUCGUUUGUUGAUGUAGUAUUUGUAAUAGAUAACGUUGUUGGUUCGUUUCGUACAGAGUACUGUCGAGUUUUUUACAUGUUAAAAAGGCAGCCGAAACUGGCCCUCAAUUGAACUAGUUGCGUUAAUGAUUCGUCGUGUAUGUAGUUUUUAUAUAUUCGAGUUAUGACAAGCGUGUUGUGGUGAUCGAAUGAUUUGAAAUUAUGUUAGAAAAAGAAGCGUAUCAUUUUACAUCGCCUACCGCUGGAUUUCCUCUGCAGUUUCCAUCGGCUUUCGCAUCUUUUCACGCACCUUUACCGGUUGAUCAGAGGACCCACGAUGGAAGAUAUGUCUGGGAAACUCCUAAUUUGAGGACGUCUCCCAGUCAGACUACUGGCGGAGCUUUUCAUCCUCCUGUGUCUCACGGGUUAACAGGAGGUGCGUCAGCAGGAGGUACUGGAGAUCUCAGCGGAUUUCUAUCUCGGCGGGGGGGUGUAUUACCAGUGCCGCCGCCGCCACCCCAUCCCCCCGCCGAUUUUAAUCCAUAUACCAGGAUUGCCUACAUGGAGCAUCUGUAUUCCUCUUUGGCCACACCAACAUCUACAUCUUUGCAUGGCUUAACUUUUCCCGGAGAUUAUUUACCACCUCGGUCGUUAGCUGAGUUGCCUCCAUCGUCAUCUAUCGGUAGCUCCGAGUUGUUGUUUUCGUUGGAUGCAUCUAGAAUGAGCAGUAGUCCUCGACCAAACAGCGCUCGUCAAAAUCGUAAACGUGCCUUAUCCAAUUCGCCAUAUUCCGAUACAUUGGACUUGAACUCGAUGAUACGUUUUUCUCCCAACACUUUGGUCUCACUAGUGAACUGUUCGCGAAGCUCAAGCACGACGAGCGGUUCUUAUGGUCAUCUAUCAGCCGGAUCGAUUAGUCCAAAUUUGAGUCUACAUCGAAGCAUGACACCGCAUCUGCAACAACUUCAAGCGCAUUUAUUACGAUCUGGCGGACUAUUGCCACCUUUGUCAGCUCAUCAGUCACCUACAUCGAGCUUGUAUCAUCCUACACUGACCGCAGAUGUUGGUUUACCAAAGUCAGAGUUCGGAUUACAACUUCACAAUCCUUGUGAAAGAAUACGAGCCGAAGCUGAUACGAGUAUGCCGAUGACCAAUUCUCGUAAAACGUCCAGGAUCAAACAAGAGAUGAAACAGAGCUCACCCGAGUCUGCCGGAGAUUGUAAAGAUGAACCAGAUUUCAUUGAAACCAACUGCCAUUGGAAAGACUGUACUAUGGAGUUUCCCACUCAGGAAGAUUUAGUCAAACAUAUUAAUAGCGACCAUAUUCACGCCAAUAAAAAAUCAUACGUGUGUCGUUGGCAAGAUUGCUCACGAGAAGAGAAACCAUUCAAAGCUCAAUACAUGUUGGUUGUACAUAUGCGUCGACAUACCGGAGAAAAACCUCACAAAUGUACCUUCGAAGGCUGCUGUAAAGCUUACUCGAGGUUAGAAAAUCUGAAAACACAUUUAAGAUCUCAUACUGGUGAAAAACCCUACACUUGCGAAUAUCCUGGUUGCAGCAAAGCAUUCAGUAACGCGUCAGAUAGAGCCAAACAUCAAAAUAGAACGCAUUCGAACGAAAAACCAUACAUUUGCAAAGCUCCUGGCUGUACUAAACGUUACACAGAUCCUAGUUCCUUACGAAAGCACGUGAAAACAGUCCAUGGUGCUGAUUUCUACGCUAACAAGAAGCAUAAAGGUGGAGCCGGACCUAAAGAUAAUUCAGAAGAUAGCGGAGCCGGUGGAUCAUCUCCUUUACCUGGCGAUGAUAUGCCGAUGAGUGCGAAAACCGAAAGCGUAUCAAGUCCUAGUAUCAAAUCAGAGGAAACCAAUUCACCUGGUCAGCAAGGUAGUCCUUUGAGUGUUGCUCCGAUGUCACAUGCUACCAUGUGUGGCGAUGAAGGUAGCAUGAUGAGCGAUAAUAUACCUUCGAAUCAACCUGUCGACGAUAUUUGGGCCGAAGAAAGCGCCGAUUACGAGGUUAUUGAUGAUGGUCCAGCCGAUGUUAUGCAAGCUUGUGCUGUCAGACAUUCGUUGUUAAAUAGAAAUAGAAAUAUUUUAAGUAUGAAAAAUAAAAAAUCGUUACCAGAUUAUCAUCCUAGAGGGGCUUCUGUAUCUCCUCAAAUGCCUUUAAGUCACAAUAAUCGAAGAAUGUACGGCAGUAUUAACGAAUUGAAUCAUCGUAUCACGAAUCUGAAAAUGGCACCGACUGAAACGACGAUGAGACGAGAUAGUGGUAAUUCUACGAUGAGCACAUGUAACACGAGCAUGAAAUCUUCCGAUUUUGAUCCGUCUAGUAGAAAAAAUAGCCAAUUUUCUCAGAGGCUAAGUAAUGCAUCAACGUAUUACGACCCCAUUUCGGUUGAUUCGUCGAGACGUUCGAGUCAAUAUGGAUCUCAUACAUCGAAUCAGAUGCAAAGUAGCAGUAAUUGCUUCGGUAUGCAGAUGAUGAACGAAAACCGACGUAUGUCAGAACCGUGUCAAUCGAGCAGUAAACCAGUUCAUAGUCCUCAACCUCCUAGAUCUCAAUCGGCGGCACCUCCGCCGAUACACAAUCCUAACGCCAAUUUCAUUGAAAACGCAGACGUCGAUAACGUCGACAAUAAAUUCGUCAUUUCCGACGAUAUAAUGCAGUUUAUCAACCAGUUGGCAGCUGAAACAUCAGUUUUGAACGAUACUCCGACGACCGGAUCCAAUACCACUACUGCAGGUCCAGCUUCAACUCCACGUUUCGCUUCCUUCCCCAACACCAACUUGCAAAACCUGGAAUCUCAGCUGAAUAGCAUUUAUAACGCCACCUCUACCGCAGAAUUCGCCGCCAAUGCGACCCGAACAUCGAAUACGACCGGAGGCACCGGUCAUCAUUACAAUUCGCACUGCGCUACGAGACAAAACAGCUGUUAUAGUUUCUCGAAUACCGCUCAACAGCGUAAAUCGUACGGUACCGAAAGACAAAGAUCGCAGUCGUUACCGCAUACGAAUACCAGAGACGCCUACGUCACCAAUAACAACAUGGCUCAAUACAAUCCGAACAACUUCAAACAAGCUCAAAAUAAUUCAAGGUUACCAAAUUACAACUCCAACUCGGUCGCUACUGGUGUGGCUCCCACCUCGCAGAACUAUUCCUCGAACCAGUCCCAGUAUCAAUUCGGUGCUCAGAACGAACGUCUGAAUCAGAACGCCAUGUACGAUAAUUCGCAAUACAAUAAUUCUUGUAAUCAAGUACCUAGCGCAGCUGCUGGAUACAGCUACGAUACUUCGUACGCGGCCAAUAACGCUAUGUCAAAUCAGACCCCAUCUCAGCCCGGAUUACCGAGCCCGGCUCCUGGAACUACAGCUCCAGUUCAAUCUUGUUUCGGUCAUCAGCAUCUAGCCACUGCUAGGCAUUGUAAUUGUAAUAGUCAACAGUGCAAUGCUCAUUUCUAUAACGAAAAUGGCGCUGUGGCCGGACCAGAUAAUGCCAAAGUACCAGAGAAUUGGCAACAGUGUAAUCAGGCUGCUAAUAACAUGAAUAACGUGCAGAAUUACCCGGCUAAUUAUAUGGCUGAUCAGUAUAGUCAGAAUGUGACAGCCGAAGGAGACUACAGUGGUAUUUACAAUACGACAAACGCAAACGAUAAUAAUCAUAAUAUGGCUUAUAAUCCGGCAUCGGUUUCAACAAAUGCGCAAAAUUACAACGCUUGUAAUCACACUCAAAUGAACAUGAAGUACAAUCAGUCUCAAUACCACCAACAACAGCAGCAGCAACAGCAACAGAAUCAACAACAGCAGACUUAUCAGCAACAAAACCACCAGUUCUAUCAGAACGAUCAACGCAGUCAACAACAGCAGCAAUUUAAACCUCAGCAUACCAACGAUAAUACCCAACAAACGACGCCAUCUUCUUUAAACAUGAGAUCAGCAGCUUACGAACGUACGCUGCAGUACGUCGAGCAGUGUCAAGUCAUCACUAGUACGACAGCGCAGAAUCAAAACGAUUCGUCCAAUAUGGUCAUCAACGAUAUGACAACAUCGCUGAAUUCAUUGCUGGAAGAAAAUAAGUAUUUGCAGAUGAGUCAAAUGAUGUAAGAUGUAUCUUGAGAUGCGAUUAUAUGUAUUACGGAUAUUUUAAGUAAUAAGUAUGUUUUUCAUGUAGAAAGGUUACCAGAAAGUGGUGCGAGUUAAUUGGAAAAUUUAUUGGAAUAUUUUAAGAUUGCAAUUUUUGAUGUAACGUAUCGCAUUGUGUAAUAGACGAAUAGUUUGAAUAUACCGGGUAGAUUUUAUUCAACUGUGUAAUUAAUUACUAUUUUAUGUUACGACUAUAAAAAUUUCAAUUUUUUGUAAAAGUUUGUGUUUUUAUUUUGUUGAUUAUUUUGUUAACAUUUUUUUUUUUCUUUUUUUGUGUCGAAUUUUAACUUAUAUAGCCCAUUCUGUUUGAUAUCCUGUAGUGACUAAAGUUAAGAUUGUAAUCUUUUUUUUCUCCUUAUUUUUUUUUUUUGUAUUUCUUAUGAUGGUGUUUUUAAUGUGUAAUUUUUUCGCAGGGUAACGAACAUAUGGAGAGGUUUUGCUCUCCAUUUUUUUUGUGUUUUUUAGAUCAUUAAAAUCAAAUAAACAGAUACUCAUUAAUGUAGGUUGAAUAUUGCUAAUUUUUCUUCUCGAUUUGAAACAAUGUUGCAUUUUUAUUUUAAAGUCAUUAUUUUUGAUUUUUUUUCUUCUUUUUUUUUUAAGUUAUUUAAAUUGAUGUAUGGAAUUUUAUGUAAAAUGUACAUCGUUGUGAAAAAUUGUAUGAAAUAAAUUGAAGAUUGUAGUGUC